GCAUUCACAUUGCUAAGAAGAUAGACAAACUGGGCAUGAGGUCAUCAGACACAGCUCAGAUCUUUUUCGAAGAUGUAAGGGUCCCCAGCAAAAACCUCAUCGGUGAGGAAGGAAAGGGUUUUACUUACCAGAUGUUGCAAUUCCAAGAAGAGCGGCUGUGGGGAGUAGCCGCUGUCCUGACACCACUGGAAACUGUAAUACAAGAAACCAUUGACUACACUCACCAGCGAAAAGUGUUUGGCCAGUCCGUCCUGCACAACCAAGCUGUGCACUUCCGCCUGGCCGAGCUGGCAACCGAAGUGGAGCUCCUCCGCGCGCUGCUGUACCGCACCGUUGCUCUCUAUGUGGAAGGCAACGACGUGACAAAAUUUGCUUCCAUGGCUAAGCUAAAGGCAGGUCGUCUGGCCCGUGAAGUGACCGAUAGCUGUCUCCAGUUUUGGGGAGGAAUGGGAUUCACCAGCGAGGUUCUGGUGAGCAGGUUUUACAGAGAUUUGAGGUUAACAUCAAUAGGAGGUGGCACAGAUGAAACCAUGCUUUCCAUCAUAUGCAAAUACAUGGAAAUUCUUCCAAGCAAGUGA